CGGGCAUACAGGAGGCUGACGACAGUUGCCCUUCAUCAUUUCAGCACAGUUUCAUACUGUCGCCGGCCUGCUGCUGAGUUUUUAUCGAGGAGGACUGGGAUAAAUACUAAAACGCGGUGAAAAUGGCGCAGCCCGACAGCAAGAAGAUAUUCUUUGAGAACCUUUCGGGGGCCGGGAAGGCUAUAGCUGUAUUAACGAGCGGAGGGGAUGCUCAAGGGAUGAAUGCUGCCGUGCGUGCUGUGGUUCGAAUGGGCUUAUAUGUGGGAGCUAAAGUUUAUUUCAUUCAUGAGGGAUAUCAGGGUAUGGUGGACGGUGGGGAGAACAUAAAGGAAGCCUCAUGGGAGAGUGUCUCCAGCAUGCUGCAAGUGGGUGGGACUGUUAUUGGUAGCGCCCGCUGCAAAGAGUUCCGCUCUCAUGAGGGACGCCUUAAGGCCGCUAACAACCUGGUGAAGCGUGGCAUCACCAACCUGUGUGUGAUUGGUGGAGACGGCAGCCUGACGGGAGCCAACCUCUUCAGGGAGGAAUGGAGCGGGCUGCUGGGGGAGCUGGUAGAGCAAGGUUCAAUUGACGCCGACUCUGUUCAGAAGUACUCGGCCCUCCACAUCGUCGGGAUGGUUGGCUCCAUCGAUAACGACUUCUGCGGAACUGACAUGACAAUCGGCACUGACUCCGCUCUGCACAGAAUCAUUGAGGUGGUGGACGCAAUUAUGACAACUGCACAGAGCCACCAGAGGACGUUUGUGUUGGAGGUCAUGGGCAGACACUGCGGCUACCUGGCCUUGGUUAGCGCCCUGGCUUGCGGGGCAGACUGGGUUUUGAUCCCUGAGAUGCCGCCGGAGGAUGGCUGGGAGGAUAAGAUGUGUCAGAAACUCUCUGCGAACCGAGCAGGGAUGAAAAGGCUGAAUAUCAUAAUUGUAGCCGAAGGGGCGAUUGAUCGUAACAACAAGCCCAUUACUACCGAAUUUAUUAAGGAUCUUGUUGUUAAAUGCUUGGGUUUCGACACACGAGUGACAAUCCUGGGUCACGUGCAGAGAGGAGGGACCCCGUCUGCUUUUGACCGCAUCCUGGCCAGUCGUAUGGGUGUGGAGGCUGUUUUGGCGCUGCUGGAGACCACAGCCAACACGCCAGCCUGCGUGGUCUCUCUGUGCGGUAACCAAUCGGUGCGCCUGCCUCUGAUGGAGUGUGUACAGAUGACUCAAGAGGUCCAGAAGGCCAUGGACGAGAAACGGUUUGAAGAGGCGGUUAAGCUCCGGGGCAGGAGUUUCGUAAACAACCUGAAGACGUACAAACUGCUGGCUCAUCGUAAACCAGAGUCCGAACUGCCGAUUAGCAACUUCAAUGUGGCGGUGUUGAAUGUGGGGGCCCCUGCAGCUGGUAUGAAUGCUGCUGUACGUUCAGCUGUCAGGGUGGGCAUCUCAGAGGGGCACAAGAUGUUUGCUGUCAGUGAUGGGUUUGAGGGGUUCUACAAAGGACAGAUUAAGGAGAUUAAAUGGGCUGAUGUUGGAGGAUGGACGGGACAGGGUGGAUCUCUUCUGGGAACUAAAAGAACACUUCCUGCAAAGCAUGUUGACAAAAUUGCUGAGCAGAUGCGGAUGCACAACAUAAAUGCUCUGUUAGUUAUCGGUGGAUUUGAGGCCUUGCUGUCACUGCUGGAGUUGUUAACGGCGCGCGGGAAAUAUGACGAGUUCUGUGUGCCCAUGGUCAUGGUCCCAGCCACUGUCUCCAACAAUGUGCCGGGCUCAGACCUCAGCAUUGGCGCUGACACGGCUCUGAACGCCAUCACUACUGCGUAUGAGAGUCUGCUGCAGCUGUUUGAGGCUCGCACUACCCAUGAGGAGUUUUGCAUCCCGAUGUGUAUGCUGCCUGCCACCAUAAGUAACAAUGUACCUGGCACUGAUCUCAGUAUCGGGGCAGACACGGCCCUCAAUGCCAUCGUGGAGACCUGCGACCGCAUCAAGCAGUCGGCCAGCGGCACAAAGAGACGCGUGUUCAUCAUCGAGACCAUGGGGGGCUACUGCGGCUACCUGGCCACUGUAGGAGGCCUGGCUGCUGGAGCCGACGCCGCCUACAUCUACGAGGAGCCGUUUGACAUCAGAGACCUGCAGGCCAAUGUCGAACAUUUGACAGAGAAAAUGAAGACGAGCAUUCAAAGAGGACUGGUGCUCAGGAACGAGAACAGUAACGAGAACUACACCACAGACUUCAUCUACCAGCUGUACACCGAAGAAGGAAAGGGGGUGUUUGACUGCAGGAAGAAUGUGCUGGGACACAUGCAGCAGGGAGGCGCACCGUCUCCGUUCGACCGUAACUUCGGGACCAAGAUCUCUGCCAAGGCCAUGCAGUGGAUUUCGAAAAAGUUGGUGGAGACAUUCAGACAUGGUAAGGGCAGAGUGUUCGCUAACACAGAGGAUAGCUGCUGUUUGCUGGGGAUGCGCCGCAGGGCUCUGGUCUUCCAGCCGGUCGUACAGCUCAAGGACGACACCGACUUUGUUCACAGGAUCCCCAAGGAGCAGUGGUGGCUGAAGCUGCGUCCUCUGAUGAAGAUCCUCGCCAAGUACAAGACCAGCUAUGACGUCUCCGACUCCGGACAGCUGGAGCACGUUGUACGCAACCGGCCCAAAGAGUUGGACGCCUCGGUAGCCAUGUGAGGGCCCCCCCCCCACCCCUUGCUGUAGGGUUGCCUGCAAAGUCCAGUCUGUGUGUAAGACUGAAGGUCUGUCUGUGAGGCAUCAGUCCAUGUGUUGUAAUAGAGCUCCAGUAACAACAUGAACAUCACCUUUAAUCCCACUCCUCCUCUCUGUCUUUGUCUUGACCAAUUUAUGAACUGUAACUUAGCCUCUGCAGUGCUCCUAAUAUCAAACACACACACAUACUGUAUUAUCACACAAACACACACACACACACACACACACACACACACACACACACACACACACAGCUGUCCUGCCAUGCAUCUGUGUGUCUUCGUUGCCCUGGAUGUUUAGUGUUACGGUUGUUUUGUUUUGUUUUUUUAUGAAAUUGCACUCCCUGUCUCCAGUCGGUUAGGCAGGCUCUUAACUCGGAGCCACGCGAGGACAGAAUAGACACUCGUCUCUGCUGUAAAAAAAAAAAAAAAUCCCAUAAAAACACAGUGUGUGUAUCUGCCUAGAACCAGUGUGAGGUUCAGCAUAUUUAUGUGAGACUGAUGCAAUACAGUUCUGCCACUGAGAGUGGAGAGAACUGCGUGCCGUGCUUUACACUGAAACUAAUAUUUAUCUUUUUAACUUUGUUGGUUAUUUUGCUUGUAAACAUGGAUAUAUUAUUAUUAACUGUAGGCACUGCUGCACUGACUGGAUGUCUGUCAUAUUGCACCACAAGUUAGACUUGUACGAUACUCAUGUUUCCAACAGAAUAAAAAUCAAGACUUGAG